AUGGUUGUGACAGUUAAUAGAAAAGAAACAGUAUAUGCCCAUAUGCAAAUCGUUACAAAGGCAAAACCAACAAGUAAUAAAAUAGAAUCUGAUACUAAUAGUCGGUCAAAUAAUGUACUUUUUAGACCCAAUUGCAUUCCCUUCACACAAAAUUUUCCAUAAGAUAAAUCACUAGUACUCAGUCCUUUAUAAAAAUCUAGAGUUGCUGAGCUUGUAGCAAUUGGCAAAAACAACAUUGCAUAUUUCAAUGUUGAGUUUAGUUUAUUUUGAGAAUCUUGCUUCUGUAACAGUAUGAAAACUUUUAUUAACAAAGAGUACACUAUAUAUAAAGAAUAUUAUAGAAAUUAAUUUUCUUACAUGAUUUGAAAUAAAAUCAAUAUCUAAUAAGUAAUGCAGCAAAUGAUAAGCUGCAUUGUGUGUGUAGCAUUCACUUGGAACAUGUUUUUGACAAUUUAAGUCUUCUUCACAAUUUGAUGUCAAAUGACCAUUUUGAUAAUAAUAAACACAUCUUUUCAAAAGAGUUUCUACACGACUAAGAUCAUUUUCUGUUACACCUAAACAAGAACUUCGAUUAGAUAAAAAUGCAACAUAAUUCGCUGGUGACCAACUUCUGCAACACUUUUGUCCUAUAUUAUUAUGUUCUAUUUGCGUUUGACAUAAGGAAGGAAAAUGUGUAUUUGAUCUCAAUUCUGCAUCAAUAUAACAUUGUGCUAAUAUUCCUUCCAUUGACCAUAAGUUUGCAUCUUUAGAAUUUUUACCAAUAACCACACGUGCAUAACCAGGUAAUGGUAAAUUACAAAAGAAAUUCUCAUUUUCAAUAUAAUCUUGGCUUUUAUUUUUAUUUUUUAAUUCUAUUAAUUCUUCCCAUUUAUCUUUAAUUUCAACUUUAUCUAUUUCUUCUUUUGUAUUAAUUAUUUGUUUCUGAUAUUUCUUCCUUCCUUUUUUCUUAUUCUUAGAUUUUCUUCUGACAAUUAAGUUCUGGAAUAUUAUAAUGUUAGUUUGUAAAUUCCACAAAUUAUAUUUUACAUGCAAUAUUUUAAGUAACUUAUAUAUAAUUCAAAUAAAUUAAAAUAAUAUAUCACAUAAAUUUUGAUAAAAAUACCUGUUGCAUAUGAUGGUAAUGUUCCAAAGGAUUAUCAAUUAGCUGUCCGCUUGGCUUAUUUGAUUCCAAUAAGUUUUGCCAAGCAAUAAGCCGUUGAGCUAAUAUUGUUCCUCUUGCUUCAAAACCCUUGAUAAAAAUGAAAUAUAGAUUAAUAAAACAUGAUAUAUAAGUUAUCUUUAUAUUUUGAUUAUGUACUUACUAAUUGAGGAUCAGAGAAAUCUGGAAACUUUUUAAUAGCUAAGGGAACAAUCAAGCAUGUUGAAGAAAAAAUAAGUAUUGUCAUUAGAAUGGUAUAAGGAUGAUGAGCUAUUACUCGAGAAAUCCACCACACUUCCAUUUUGACAAUUAUAUCUUUUUUCACUUAAGUCAUAUUUAAUAAUAAGUUGUUGUAACAUAUAAUAUAAAAAGCAAUAUUGUCUUAAUUCUUCUCUAAAUUACACCAUAUCAUAGCGUCAUUUUCUAGGCAAUUUUUAAGUUGAAAAAAUUCACAAUAAAAAUCAUAUUUUGCAGCAUAAUAUGUAUUAGCUAAAGUUGUGUUUUAACGCGUAUAGUUUAACAAUAGACCACUGGAUAAAAUAUAUACUAUAAACAAUUUUUAUUUAAGGUUUCAUAUAUUUUUAUGCUUUUUUUUAAUUGUUUUUUUUUAAUUGUUCUCCAUUAAAUUUGUAAUACAUACUUUCGCAUAGUUAUUUUAUCUACUGUUUCAAAACUUAUACAUAUUAAUAAACAUAAAUAUUAAAAGAGUAAAGUUAUAGCCACUAUUUAUGUAGGAACCUUCACGAAAUACAAACGUAAUUUUAUGUGAAACAUUGAAACAUGGUUAGUCAAUUUAAAAAGCAACAUGGACUUCCCACUUUAAGGGGUGGCACGUGUUUACAUCGCAACAACAAAUGGGAUGAUCCAUAGCUAUGACGAAUAGAUAUAUACACAUAUGUAGAUUUUAUAGAGUGUAAAAUAAAAUAUUAUAGUUUAUAAAAAAAGAUAUCAUUCCUUGUUUUCAAUAUAGUAUUAAAAUAUCGUUUUUUUAAAUUUAAGUUAAAAUUAGUUUUACUUUUAUAAAAAAUCUUUUAUAAAAAUUCUAAAAAGUGAUAGAAACAAAUAAAUAAAUUUUCUUAUUUCUAUAUUCACAUUUAAUUAAAUAAUACAAAAGUAUUAGAUAAGGACCGCUAUGUACAGUGUUUUAAAAUUUGUACUGUACAUUCAUAAAAAUUUAUGCCUUAUAAUUUUGGAAUAGUUGCAGUUUUAAAUUAUGAUAAUAUAGUAUCUUUUUGUACUUAAUAGUGUUUUUAUAUUUUAUAUUGGUAUUUCUCAAAGUUACACGUGAUGACAGCCUAUUCGUGUUUUCUAAAGUAUUUGAUAUUGUGGAUGUGGUGUAUAUGACAAUUAAUGUAUACAUGUGUAUAUACUUAUUAUAAUACACGUGUUUCUUUCAUCAUUACAAAAAAAAAUAAAUUGAAUAAUAUUAAAUAGAGUAUAAAUACAAUGUAGGUAUAAACUAAAUAUUUAUAAUUCCUUUUCUUUGUAAAUUAUUUUUAAUACAAUGUAUUAAUACUUAUCUUUAUUAUAGAUGAAAAUUCUAAUAGUAAUAUUUUCUCUGUUAUUUACAAAUUGUUUUAUAAAAGCUGCGGAAAUUGAUAUUAAGCUUUUAAAAUGUUUAGGUAAGUAAAAUGAGUAUUGAGUAAUAAGUUGUAAUUAUUUAUCUUGAAUAUGAAAAACAAUUAUAAUAAAUUAAUAUUAAUAAUAUAUAGUUUGUAGAUCAACAAUAAAAGAAAUUGAAGAAGAAUUGGCAAAAAUUGAUCCUUCAAAAAAAAUUGAGAUAGGAAAUUAUAGAUUAGAUGCACAAGGAAAUGUUAUUCAUAAAAAGCACUUGUAUUUAAAGAUUCCACUUGCACAAUCUGAGGUGCACAUAUCUGACAUCCUAGAUAAUAUUUGUGAAAAGAUGUCAGACUAUGUAAGAGCAACAUAUAAAUCAAAUGGUCAAUUAACAAUCUUAAAUUUACUUAGUCCGUCUGGCGGUAUGAAUCCUGAAAUGAGCAAAGUUGAUAUUAUUCAGGACAAUGACCUAAAUAAAAGCUUAAAAUAUUAUUGUGAAGGAAUAGUGGAAGAAUUUGAAGACUCUAUGAUUUCAUUGUUUGCUCAUAAAGAAAAUAAUAUUAAAGAAAAAUUGUGCAUAAAUGUUUCAAAGCUAUGUAGUUCCACAGAUUUGAAUGAAAAUAAUGAAGAAAUUGAUGAAAAUCAACCGUUAUUUGGUUUCAUCGAUGCAUUGGUAGAGAGCGCUAUGAUCGACGAAUCAUAUAGCGUGGAAUUGGUACUUCUAAGAAGUUAUUGUAUGGUUUACGGUCUUUAUACCCAGGUUUCUGUGCGCGCUUGUUUCGUCUUCGUUCGUCGCCAUCAUUACGAGGACGAAAGAGGUUGGUUUUACUCAUUUUUGUGUGGCGGUGUCAUUAUUCGAAAGUCAGCACAAAUGAAGAUGGUUGAUAAAAUAGACAUGAGUCUCGAUGAUAUUAUCAAGCAAAACAAAGGGACUAGACCUCGCGGCGGCAGUGGUAGACGUGGAAGAGGUGCCGGUAACACACCUCGUAGAGGAGCACGCAGAACGCAAAGAGUUGGUGGUGGCGUCAUGCGGGGACGCAAUCGUGGUGGCAUUACAAGAAAUUCUCUUCCGUAUACAAGGGGCGAUGUAAACAGUGCUUGGAAACACGACAUGUUCGAUGGAGUAAAAAAGGUUGGCCGAAGUGCAAUAGGUAGUGCAGGAACGACCAAACUUCUCGUAUCAAAUCUUGACUUUGGAGUAUCAGAUUCAGACAUUCAGGAAUUAUUUAGUGAAUUUGGCCCCUUAAAGUCAGCAGCAGUACAUUAUGAUAGGUCAGGUCGAUCAUUAGGCUCUGCAGAUGUUAUAUUUGAAAGAAGAGCAGAUGCUAUUAAAGCAAUGAAACAAUAUAAUGGCGUACCAUUAGAUGGGUUUCAGUAUCACUUAUUAAUCUGGUCUCCAGUUUAUACCUAGCAACAUACAGUUUGAGCAUUUUCUCUUUUAUCCUUCCAUAAAUACUCCAACAUGGGAUGACAUUAAAGAAAAACAAAUUUCAAAGAAGUUAUUGUGAAUUAUGAUUUGCACAACUAUUCACAUCUAUUAUUGCAAUAUGUGGUAUACAUCGGCAGGUCGUGAAAUGAACAUACAAGU